AUGUAUCAGCAGCCCCAGAAUCAACAACAUCAUCAACAAGAUUUAAGACAUGUUAGUAUGUCAUCAAGUGUUUAUUCACCAAUAGAAACAGAAUUUAAACCAAAUUAUGAUGUAAUCAAUGAAGAAGAAGAUAAUGAAGAAGAUGAAGUUAAUCAAGAGAUAAUACAUAAUAAUAAUCAUAUCAAUAAUUCACGAGAGAAUAACUUAUAUGAUGAUCAUGAUAAUGAUCAUGAAAAUAAUUCUUCAAAUUCAUAUUCUGAUGAUACUCAUUAUGGUAUGAGUGCUGAUAUAUCUUCACAAACAAUUCAAACUUUUAUGACUGCAAAAACAAGAUUACCUAAUGAAUAUCCACAACAACAACAACAAUUAUCAAAUUAUUCUUCAAGAAAUACUAGUAUAAAUGAUUUAAACCAUAUCACAGAUAAUGAUGAAACUCCAAUACUCUCGUCACAUUCAAGGAAUAUAAAUAAUGAUAAAACACCAGUAGUUGAUAUAAAUGGAUUUAUAAUUAAUGAAAAAAAUAAAAACGAUAAUAAUAAUGAAAACCUACAAUCAGAAGAAGAUCAACGUAAUUCUACAUUUUUACCCCAAAGAAAAUUAAGUAAUAAAUUUAAAAGACUUUCAGUAAAAUUACAAAAUACAGUUGCAUCAGAAAAUUCUUAUCAAUUUAUGAAUAAUUUCCAUCAAAAUGUUGAAAAGGCAAAUAAAUCAAAUCUUGAAUUAAAUGAAACAAGAACAAGUACAUAUUACAAAAAGAUAAAUGAUAAACCUGGAAACUUAACGGUAGAUUAUACACAAGAUGAAAACAAUUCAGAACAACCAAGAUCAGCAGGUUCAGGAGAUAACGAUGAAGCUGAAAAAACAAUUAUAAUAAGUCAUAAUGAUCAGAUAUCAGAAGUAAGUUCAAUAAGUACAAGAGCUUCAAGUACUCGUAGUUCAAAUGCUAGUAUAAAUGAAAAUAAAUCUUCUUCAUCAUCGACAAAUAAUUUCAAUUUUCAAACAAAUAAUAAUUUCCCAUCAAGUUAUAAUAUUAGAGGUUCACAAGUUGCUGAUGAAAUACCUAUAAGGAAAGAUUUAAUUGAAACUCCAACUGAUGAAAAAUUUCAAAUUUAUAACAACUCCAAGGAUACAAUGUCACAAACUGGUGGUCUCAAUAUAAUAUAUGAUAACAACAACAAUAACAAUGUAUCAAAAUUAGACCCACAAUCAAGAGAUAUUAGCAAGAAAAGCAGUACAACAGAAUCAAUGGAAGAUGAAGAUUUAUCAUCAUUAUUUAUACGAGCAUUACAUCCAUUUGAUUCAUCAACAUUAAAAUCAGAAUCAGAUGCUUCAAUAUGUCUUUCAUUUGAAAAAGAUGAUUUAGCAUUUGUACAUACUAUAGAUGAAUCUGGUUGGGGUGAAGUUACAUUAAUUGAAUCAUUACAAAGAGGAUGGAUUCCAAUGAAUUAUUUCAAUAUCGCAGUAUCUGAUAAAACAACUGAAGAAGAAAAAGAAGCAGAAGAAGAAGAUGAUGAUGAAACAGAACAUAAUGAAUUACCAAACAGUCAUUACUUAAAACCUUUAUUAAAUGCAUGUGGUAAAUUCUUAAUAAAUCCAUUAAGUCAUAAAAAUAGAAAAGGUAAAUAUACUUUUUCAAUAAGAGCAAUAAAUUCAAUACGAGAUGGAGUUAGAUUAUUAUUACAAGAAACAGAUUGUUUAUCAAGAUCAAAUGAAAUAGUAACUAAAAGACAAAUUGUAAGAAAAUCACGUAAAUCAUUAUUAGCAGAUUGGUAUAAUUUAAUGGUAAAAGCUAAUGAAUAUAAAGGAACUUCAAAUUUUAAUAAGAUUGAAAUUUUAACAUUAAUGGUUUAUCAAGUUACUAGAAAAGCUACAAUUUUUUUACAAGUUUGGUCAACUGAAAGUAAACAAAUUAUUAAAAGAGAUAAUGAAAAAAAAUUAUAUGAUGAUUUAAAUAAUUAUCCAUUAUUAAAUUCUCCACCUUUAGCAAAACAAAGAAUUACUGAAAUUAAUGGGAUAUUAUAUUCAUAUUUAGGUCUAAUCAUUGGAAGAUUAGAUUUAAUUGAACAUAAUCAAUAUGGUUGUGAGAUACUUGAAACUAUUGCUCAUCAAAUAAUAUUAUUGUUAAGAGAAUUGUUGUUCAUUUCUAAAACUGGAUCAGAUUUUAGUUCCAAAAAACCAGAAGAUUUAGAUUAUUCAUUAGAUGGAUUAUUAUCAUUAGUCAGUGAUUUAGUAUCAAGUGUUAAAGACUUGGUGGUUAAAACUUUAAAUGAAAGUGAAGAUUCUAACGUCCACAAUUUUAAAGGUGAAAGGGAUUAUUUUUAUACUGAAGAAGGUGGUAAUUUAUUAACCAUAGCAUCAAAAAUGAUAAAAGCAAUAAGUAAUACAAUUUAUUCAAUAAGAAAUUUAUUAGAAUUAACAGGUGAUUUCAAAUUGAAUUCAGAAAGAUCUUAUCCAGAUUAUUCUAAAAUUAAAAUUGAACCACAAGAUUUUGUUAAAAAAUGUAUGAAGGGUAUAAAAUCUAAAACUAAAAAACCACCACCAUUAAAUCUUAACAAUAAUAAUAACAAUAAUAAUAAUAAUCCUCAUGCAAGUGUAAGUCAACCAUAUAAAGCCAAUAGAUAUUCAAUGGUUAGAGCUGGUAAAACUGGUGAUUUAAGUUUAACUGAAGGUGGCGCUAAUUUAUUACAACAAUUUGAGAAUUCUCCAUUUACAGUACAAGCAGCAGAAUUUCAACCAUUUACUUCAGAAAAUCAUCACAUUCAAAAUAAUCACAGUACGCCUGCUCCAACAGACUUAUCAGCUGAAUUAGUAACUGAUAAAAAUGGUUAUUUAGUUGGUGGCUCAUUUAAAGGUCUUGUUUAUACAUUAACAAAUGAAGAUUCACCACCAGAAUAUUUUUUUGUUUCUACUUUUUUCAUAUGUUUUAGAAGUUUUGCCAAUGGGAUAGAUUUAAUUGAAGAAUUAAUAACAAGAUUUGAAAUAAAUACUAUAACAAAGGAUAUAAAUUAUGAAUUAAAAUUGAAAAAAAGGAGAAAACUUAUAGUUAAAAUGUUUCAAUUAUGGAUGGAAUCUUAUUGGAAUCAUGAACUUGAUUAUAAUUUAUUGACUACCCUUAUUAAUUUUUUCAAUGAAGGUAUAUCCAUUUAUUUACCUUUUGAUUCAUUAAAAUUAAUAGAUAUUGGUGCAAAAUUAUCUUCAAAUCCAUUAAUUGAAAAUCGAAAUAGAAGACAUAAGCCAACAAAACAAUUAGUUGAAAAAUCAAUAGUUUUAAAAUCAGUACUGAGAUCUUCUUCAUCCACAAGUUUAAAAUCUUUAACAUCAUCUGGUGAAUUUAAUUUAUCUAGAGUUAAUUCAAAUUCUUCCAGUAUAAAAUCAUUACCAAUUAAUAAUAUAGAAUCAUCCAAGACAACUUCAUUAUUAUCUAAAAAUCAAUUACAGACUAUAGAAAAAAUUAUUCUUACUUAUAGAUCAAUUUUGGGAGAAAGUUGGUGUUCAACAAAAUAUAUAAACCAAUAUAAAUCAUUAGAUUUAACAAAUUUAUUAAGUCAUUUUGCAAUAAUAUGUGAACAAAAUUGGGUAUUAACAAAUUAUAGACCUAAUUUAUUAGAUUUUAAUGGAUUAGAAAUUGCAAAACAAUUAACAAUUAUUGAAUCUAAAAUUUUUUGUUUUAUAAAACCUGAAGAAUUAUUAAAUCAAAAUUUCACAAACAAAAGAGCUCAUUUAAAAUUAUCUCCCAAUGUUAGAUUAUCUUUAUUAUUCACAAAUUGUUUAUCAAAUUACGUAUUAGAAUCAAUCUUACAACCAAAUUUAACAUUAAAAGAAAGAAUUAAUAUUGUUAAAAUAUGGCUUAAAAUAUCAAUAAGUUCAUUAUAUUUAAGAAAUUUCAAUAGUUUAGCAGCAAUAAUAACAUCAUUACAAAGUCAUCUCAUAACAAGAAUCUCACCUAUUUGGAGUAACCUAUCACCAAAAUACUUAGAAUUAUAUGAUUAUUUAACAUCUAUCAUAAGUAUAGAAAAAAACUACUCAAAUUAUAGAAAUAAAAUUAGAAAUUUGUUAAAUUCAAAUGAAAAAAUUCCCAUAGUUCCAUACAUAAAUUUAUUUAUAUCAGAUAUAACUACAACCACGGAAGGAAUUCCAAAAUAUGUUUCAACACAAAAUUUUUUAAAUCGAAAAGUAAUAAAUUUUCAAAAAUAUUCAAAAAUAGUUAAAAUUAUAGCUGAUUUACAACAUUUACAAAUUCCUUAUAAUAGUGAUGAAAUUUCUUUAGUUGAAUACAAGAUUGAAAAUUUAUAUGGAUUACAAGAAUUAAUAUUAUUAGAAUUAUGGAAAAUUAAUAUCUUAUAUAAAACUGAUGAUGAUCGUGGUUGGAAAUUAAGUUGUGAUUUAAAUAAAUAA